AGACGACCUUGAUAUGGGGAGACUAUCCUCAAUUAUCCAGAUGUGCCCAGUGUCAUCAGAAGGAUCCUUACUCCAGCAAAGAAUGUGGCCCUGUUGAUACCUCCUGGAUUUUAGCCCAGCAAGACCCACUUUGAACUUGUGACCUCUGGAGCUGGAAGAUGAUAAGUUUGUGUUUUAAGUCACUAAGUUGGUGGUCAUUUGUUACAGUGGCAGUAGGAGACCUGCCGCUCCCCGAUCUCUGCGAGGAGCCUCAUAAGCAGCCUUCACCUGGUCUUGGGACCGAAUAGGGCUGGCCUGGGGCUGAGCAUUUGCCUGUCUCCAGAUAGCGAGGGCAGUGGCCAGGCAGCCAUGGCUGGGGUACAUCAUGGGCUGGGCCUAUUGCUGGUGCUACUGUUGCCCGCAGUCCCUGCCUCCUCGCCAGGCACCGUGGUCCGAAUCAACAGGGCGGCAUUGAGCUAUGUGUCUGAUGUUGGGAAAGUCCCUCUCCAGCAUGCCCUGAAGAUCAUAGUUCCACCUUUUCUGGACUGGAGUGGUGAGAUGCUUCAGCCCACCAGGAUCCAGAUUCUGGGUGUCCACGUGCCCCACCUCGACCUGAAAUUCAUUGCUGGUUUUGGGCUACAUCUGAUGGCAACAGCCAAUUUCACCAUCAAGGUCUUUAGCGUCCCUGAACCUCUGGAGCUGAUACUGCCCAUGACACUGACAGCAGAUGCCCGCGUGGCCCAGGGUCCCAUCAGGACCCCUGUGGUCAGCAUCUCUACCUGCUCCCCACUCUUCAGUCCCGCCAGUGUUCUUGAUGGCAGUAACAGCACCUCCCCUAUGCUGCUGGUUCUGGUGCAGAAGCAUGUUAAAGCCAUCCUGAGCAACAAGGUGUGCCUGCGCAUCUCCAACCUGGUGCAGGGCCUCAAUGUCCACCUGGGCACCUUGAUUGGCCUUAGCCCCGUGGGUCCUGAGUCCCAGAUUCGCUACUCCAUGAUCAGCGAGCCUGUCAUCACUGGUGACUACAUUGCCUUGGAUGUCAACGCUGUCCUCUUCCUGCUGGGCCAGCCCAUCGUCCUGCCCCUGGAUGCUGCCUCCUUCGUGUUACCCUGGCCUGUGGGUGUCAAGGGUGCCAUGGCGACUCUGGGCCUCUCCCAGCAACUGUUCGACUGUGUCCUGCUGCUGCUGCAGAAGGCUGGCGCCCUCAACCUGGACGUCACAGGGGAACUGAAUUCCGAGGACAACCCACUGAACACCUCUGCACUGGGCCGGCUCAUCCCUGAGGUGGCCCGCCAAUUUCCCAACCCCAUGCCCCUGGUGCUCAAGGUGCAGCUGGGAGCCACACCUGCAGUCACGUUCCAUCCCCACAAUGCCACACUGCGGCUGCAGCCCUUUGUGGAAGUCCUGGCUGUGUCCUCUAACUCGGCUUUCCAGUCCCUCUUCUCCCUGGAGGUGGUGGUGAACCUGAGCCUACAGCUGUCGGUGUCCAAGGUGAAGCUCCGGGGUGCCACAUCGGUGCUGGGGGACAUCCGGCUCGUGGUGGCUGCCUCCAACGUGGGCUUCGUCGAUGUGGAGCAGGUACACGCACUUGUGGGCACCCUGUUCGAGAAGCCACUGCUGGAUCACCUCAAUGCUCUCCUGGGGAUGGGAAUCGCUCUCCCCAGUGUGGUUAACCUUUACUUCACCAAUCCUGAGGUCUUUGUGUAUGAGGGAUAUGUCGUGAUAUCCAGUGGACUCUUCUACCAGCGCUGACGCAGGGCCACUGGGAGGGCUGCGGGGGAGCCAGCCUUGCUGCUCAGGAGCUUUCUGCCUUCAAACCACUGGGGAAACUGAGGCAAAGACACAGGCAUCAUGGCCAGCAAACCGGCGGGGCUGUCUGAUCUUCACCGAGUACCAGAUCCCUCUCCUGCAGCCCCUCCUCAUCUCUUCUUCCUUAUCUUCUUCUCCCCUCACUGCCCCUCUCCUCCACCCUCCACCCCUCCUAAGGGAACAGCUUGCUCCUCCAAGUUAUCCAGACUUCUCUCCUCCUGCAUUAAACAUCCCUUGAGCUGCAAGUUCCAGCCAAGCCCAGCAAA